AUCCCUUCCCCCCUCACCCUUCUUUCCUCCAGCCUUUCCACACCAUCUCCUCCUUUCCGCCACCACCCUUCGCCUCACGAGCUCGCUUCCGGUGAGGAACCGUCUCGCCGUGCACGGGGUUCCUCUGCCUCGCGCCACUUUCCGCCCUAGACCAGCGCAUUGUUGGGCUGGGAGCUCCUGCUUUUGAGCUUUGGUGGUGUCGCUGUGUCCGUGUGUUGGAGCUUUGGUGGUGUCGCUGUGUCCGUGUGUUGGAGCGCCUGCGCGUUGCUGGUGGAAUGGAGAGGCGCGGGGACAAGGGGGCGUCGGCGGCGGCGGCGGCGCGGGCGAGGCGCCACGCCGACCAGCCGUCCUUCUCGUCGUCGCUGCUGGACGCGAUAUACAGGUCCAUGGAGGACGAGCCGGGCCACCCCGCUGGGGACGCGGUGACUGCGGCGGCUACCAAGAAGAAGCAGCAGCAGGAGCAGGAGGAGGCCCUGCACUACAGCUACUACUACAGGCCGUCGCUGGCCGGGAGCUACCGGGCGCGCGCGCCGGCGCCCGGGCCGCACGCCACCACGUCCAGCUCCUCCGAGUGCUCCAGCUACGGCGGCUUCUCCUCGUCCGAGGCCGAGUCGUCCAGCCACCGCCGCCUGCGCCCCAUCCGCACCGCCGUGCCCGGCGGGCCGCCCGCGCCCGCGCCGGAGAAGAAGGCCAAGAAGCAGCCGGCGGGGGCCUCCAUCCGCGCCAAGCUCAGGGACCUCCGCAAGCCGGCCUCCCCCGGCGCGCGCCUCGCGGGCUUCCUCAACACCAUCUUCGCCGGCAAGCGCGCCGCGCCGCAGACGCCGCCCUCGGCCCGCACGGCGGCGGCGGCGGAGUACGCCUGCUCCUCGGCGUCGUCCUACUCGCGGUCCUGCCUGAGCAAGACGCCGUCCACGCGCGGGCACGCCAACCGCACCGUGCGGUUCGUGGACAGCGACCGCGAGGCGCCGGCGACGGUGCCCGGGGCGGACCGCCGGAGGGUGCCGGUGGAGCAGAUGCUGCUCCGGCGCAUGGAGAUGGAGAGCGACGAGGAGGACGACGAGGACGAGAGCAGCGACGCCAGCUCGGACCUGUUCGAGCUCGAGAACUUGGCCGCCGCCGCCGUGCCGCCGGGCGCAGGGUAUCGGGACGAGCUGCCGGUGUACGAGACGACCAGGGUGGUGCUGAACCGCGGCAUUGGCCACGCGUGCGGGCACGGCCGGAGCGCCAGAGUCGCCUGAUGUUUGCUCGACGGGAUCGCGCGCGGGGCCGGUGGGCGACUGUAAAACGGCGGGGGUUACUGUAAAAUGCAAAAUUAGUUAGCUACUCUAGAUGGGAGGUUUGAGUAGGCGUUUUAUUACGUGCUCUCUCUUUUAACCUUUGGUGUUGUCUCUGAGAUUUUCUUCGUUUCGGGGGUGUGGAGUGUACUCAGUCAGUCAGAUGUACUGUAAUUUCUAGCCGCAGGAAAUCAAUCAGUAAAUUGUUGUUCCUAGUGUUCA